AUGACCUGUGGACUGUAUUCAGGCCCUCUCCUGCUGCUGCUCUGUCUCCUCCACGUCUCUGAGGAGACCUGUCCCUCCAUGUGCCUCUGUAUAUCGGACACAGUGAGCUGUAGCUCCAGCGGUCUGUCCAAGCUACCUCAGUCCCUGCCCUCCUUCUCCGUCACCCUUGACCUCAGCCACAACCACCUGUCCUGGCUGGGUCCGGUCAGUUUCAACAAGAUGCCCAGACUGGAAAAUCUCCGCAUGGCCCACAACCAGCUCAGCUCCCUGGCUCAUGGUGUGUUUCGCAACGCCUCCGGCCUCAGGCUCCUUGACUUGUCCUCCAACAAGCUCCAAGUGGUGGAGCAACACUACUUCCAGGGGCUGUGGAGGCUGGAAGAACUCCUUCUCUUCAAUAACAAGAUCACACAGGUGGAGUCUGGCACACUGAGCGGCCUGAGCAGCUUAAAAAAGGCCUACUUCAGCCUCAACCAGAUCACGCACUUCCCAUUCUUCUCCAUCCAAGACCAUAGUCAUCCUUUCCUGACCAUGCUGGACCUCUCGUCCAACCGCAUGACUCGUCUGCCGUGGGAGGAUGUGAAAGCUUUGCCCGGGCUGGUGCAGCGGGGGCUCUACCUCCACAACAACUCUCUAAUCUGUGACUGCUCGAUGUACAGUGUGUUCUGGCAUUGGAAUCUGAGGGGUUAUGACUCACUGAAGGACUUCACGGAUGAGCACACCUGCAGCAUCUACGGGGACCCGCGAGCAUCCAUCCGGUUCCUGCGACACAACCGCUUCUUCCAAAACUGCACGGUGGAAAAAGCCGUCUCGCAGCCGGUGACCGUGCUCCUCUCCAAUGUGCUGGUUUCAGAGGGAGAAAGAGUGCGUCUAGACUGCCAAACGUCCCUGAGUGGCACAGACCUCUCAUUUACAUGGCUCUCCCCCAGCAAGGGGUACAUCACCCAGACCAGCAUAAAUGACACACUAAUUAGCCUGUUUGCUAAUGGUACCUUGGAGAUCCAAGCAGCCAAGGUCAAUGACUCAGGUCUGUACGUGUGCACAGCUCUGGAUAUUAAACAGGCACUGAAUGCAACGCGUGAGGUGAAUGUGACGGUGCUGCUGCCUGCAGCAGAGUCAUUCAACACUGGCUACACAACGCUGCUGGGCUGUGUGGUGACGAUGGUCAUCAUCCUCAUGUACCUCUACCUGACUCCAUGUCGCUGCAGCUGCUGUAAACAGCCCAAACCUCCAGUCAUCCCCAUCGCCACCUACGACCCCAGCACCCUCACUUCUGUUUUCUCCCCCUCCACACGGGACCAGCACAAACUCCAAGCCAACAAGCACGUAGCGUUCAUGGAGCCUAUGAUAAGUGAAGAGGGAACAGAAUGGACACCUGAAAGUUGA